GGAGGUUGUAAGUGACAAGAAAGGCCAAACUGCUGGGGACCUCCUUCCAAGCACAGAAUGGCAGAAGAGUGGGGAAAACAGUCUUUUGAAGCCAGGAGGCACCAUGAAGACACAACGAGGGGAUCGUCCUUCGUUUACACAAACGUCAAUCAUACCAAAGAUCCAUUUGAGGGUCCCAAUUACCACAUUGCUCCACGAUGGGUUUACAAUCUUGCAACAUUCUGGAUGCUUAUAGUGGUCGUCUUAUCAGUUUUCACCAAUGGUCUCGUCUUGGUGGCCACAGCAAAGUUCAAGAAACUCCGCCACCCUCUGAACUGGAUCUUGGUCAAUCUUGCAAUUGCAGAUCUUGGAGAGACACUUUUUGCCAGCACCAUCAGUGUAUCCAACCAGAUUUUUGGUUACUUCAUUCUCGGACACCCAAUGUGCAUGUUUGAGGGCUUUGUUGUCUCAACCUGUGGUAUUACUGCUCUCUGGUCCUUGACAAUCAUCUCCUGGGAAAGAUGGGUUGUUGUAUGUAAACCUUUUGGAAAUGUUAAGUUUGAUGCCAAAUGGGCCACAGGUGGAAUUGUGUUUUCCUGGGUCUGGUCAGCAGCGUGGUGUGCAUGCCCUCUCUUUGGAUGGAGCAGGUUCUGGCCUCAUGGACUUAAGACUUCCUGUGGACCUGAUGUAUUCAGUGGAAGUGAUGCCCCUGGAAUUCAGUCCUAUAUGAUUUCUCUUAUGAUUACAUGCUGUAUAAUUCCUCUGGCUAUCAUUAUCUUGUGCUACCUUGCUGUCUGGCUGGCUAUCCGUGCCGUUGCUAUGCAGCAAAAGGAAUCAGAGUCAACCCAGAAAGCUGAGCGAGAAGUAUCCAGGAUGGUUGUGGUCAUGAUCUUUGCAUACUGUUUCUGUUGGGGACCUUACACCUUCAUGGCCUGCUAUGCUGCGGCUAACCCUGGAUAUGCUUUCCAUCCUCUGGCUGCAUCCUUGCCUGCAUAUUUUGCCAAGAGCGCCACCAUCUACAACCCAGUUAUCUAUGUCUUUAUGAACCGACAGUUCCGUGAAUGCAUCAUGAAGCUCUUUGGCAAAGAAGUGGAUGAAGGCUCUGAAGUGUCCACAUCAAAGACAGAGGUCUCCUCUGUGGCUCCUGCAUAAACCUCCAUGUUCUCCCUUUUGGAAAAAGCUGAGAGCCAAUGUAAUUUGUACAGUAAAUAUUUAUUGCAUCUAUUUUCUUUAUAUCCAUUUUUUAGCAAAAUGGUAGAUUUCUUGCAAAUACAAAAAAAACAAAAAAACAAAACACAAAGUAAAUAAAUGCAAAGUAUUGAAAAA